CUCCGUCUCUCCCUCUCUCUCUCUCAGAGUAAGGGCAGCAUGUGCAUGAUCAGAGCUCGACACCGUCUCUUUCUCGGCCUCCCGCUUGGUCGUCGCUCGCUCUGUGUUCAGGCUCUUCCUCAUCGCCUCGAUUAAGUCUCCCUCUUAAGGUAUCAAAAUGCCCAAAGUGAAGACGAGCUGUCUGAAGUAUCCUGAAGGAUGGGAGCUCAUCGAGCCUACCCUGCUGGAGUUACAAGCAAAGAUGAGAGAAGCGGAAAAUGAUCCCCAUGGUGGUAAAAGGAAAUGCGAGGCUUUCUGGCCCAUCUUCAAGAUUGCACACCAGAAAAGCCGCUAUAUCUUUGACCUUUACCAUAAGAGGAAGGAAAUAUCUAAGGAGUUGUACGAGUUCUGCCUGGAUCAGGGUUAUGCUGACAGAAAUCUGAUUGCAAAGUGGAAGAAGCCAGGCUAUGAGCGGCUUUGCUGCUUAACGUGCAUGCAACCGCGAGACCACAACUUCGCUACGACAUGCGUGUGCCGGGUGCCAAAGCACUUGAGGGAGGAGAAGGUCAUAGAAUGUGUUCAUUGUGGUUGUGGGGGCUGUGCCAGUGGUGAUUGAUUGAAUCAUUCUUGUACUAUGAAACUAGUCAUAGUUUGUAACCUUAUCUUUUCUACCCUGAAGUCCGUUUGAUGUCUUGACCUUGUUAAUACCUAAUUCCUAUAUCUCUAUUAUGUUUUUGAGGGAUUGUGAAUUCUUAACUCCGCCACGACAUGCGUGUGUCGGGUGCCAAAGCACUUGAGGGAGGAGAAGGUCAUAGAAUGUGUUCAUUAUGGUUGUAGGGGCACUGCCAAUGGUGAUUGAUUGAAUCAUUAUUGUACUAUGAAACUAGACUUGAAUCAGUCAUGCAUCGUAAUUUGUAACCUUUUCUAGGCCGAAGUGAGAUUAUUUUUC